AUGACCAAGGUACCAGCCACCAAGAAGCUACAGAGUUCCCCUGCCUCGGGGGCCCUCUGGCCCUUUUAUGCCUCAGAUCUUCUGACGCAGGUCCCAGACAAACCAGUGAGGAGCAUCAAGUAUAUGGAGAAGGAUAUAAUAAACCUCAAGAAAGACCUUACACGAAGCCGCAUCUUGAUUCAGUGGGUGAAGAUGGGCCGUGGAUACUUUACUAUUCUGAGGGAGGAGAGUGCAUUGAAAAAGAGGCAACAACAACUUCAGAAACUCAAAGAGGAAGAAAGAAAUAUAUUCCAACCAGCCAAAAAGAUGUCAGAUAUCCAGUAUGGGGAUAUUCUUUUGACCACGUACGGGGACGAGAAGAUGAAGAAGGUGGGGAUGGGAGGCCUCCUGCGUCCAUUCACCCCCGUGCACAGCUGCAUCAUUGCGCCCUCGCUGCCUGAGGCUCACAUCGAGCCCAUCUUCCGCCAGCUCUGUGCCCUCCACUGGCUCCUGGAGGCCCUGACUAUCGACCACACUCACCACACCAUGAAGCCCGUGAUCACCUGCUGGAAUCCGAAGGACCCAGGUGGAAGCAAGAGCACAGUAAAAAAAAUCAAUAAGGACAAGUCCAUGGGACAGAGGUGGGAGCACUUCAUCACAGCCCCGAAGACCAAGAAAUUCAAGGUUCCUGUAGCACGCGUCACCAGCCGCAAACCAAGCCGGCGAGGCUCCACCCUCAGUCUGUCUCGGACAAGUGGAGGGUCAUCCCCCCAGAGCAGCAUGGUCUCCGUGAACCCGGGCUCAGAUGAGCCCCAGAGUGUGAUCACCCAGGCAACAGGCAGCAAGGAUGUUGAGGACAAUGAAUCGUCUUCGGCGAAGCCUGAAGAAGAACCUCUGCAUGUCAAUCUGCAGAAGCUCCUGGAGAUGGUUUGGGAAGAUGCUCAGAGAACGGUCACAAUGGCAAAUGGGAUGCAGAAACAAGCGGCCAGUAUCUUGUCAAUGCUCAGACAAAACAAGAGCGAUUCUGCCUAUAAAGACAUGCAGACCACCCGCAAAUCAAGUGACAGAUCCAGCAGUACAAGUGGAGACAGCCACUCCCAGGUGCUCCAGAAGAAGUCUAAAAGCCGCUCCAACCGUGACAUCAUCCACUGCAAGAGUGGGGUGUGUAACGCCAUGAGGGCCAAGUUUAACAGUGUGGCCCAAGAGGCUGGCCUCUGUCUACAGGACAAGAUGGAAAUCCUCAUGAAGCGCCAAGAAGAAAGAGGUCUCCAGAAGUUCCGUUCUUUUGACCUUGUCUCAAAUUUCCAAAAGGAUGUAGCAAAAAUGAGACACCACAUCUCCAUGGUAAAAGGAGAUGCAGAAGAAAUUGCAGACCACUGGUACUUUGACCUGCUGUCCAAACUCCCUGAGGAUCUGAAGAAUUUCCACCCUGCCAAAAAGAUCCUGGCGAAACUGCAGAAGUUUGGGGAAAAUCUGGACCUGAGGGUCCGGCCGCAUGUUCUCUUGAAGGUGCUGCAGGACAUGAGAGCCUGGGAGCUGUGCUCUCCGGACAUCGCAGUGGCUAUCGAGUUUGUGCGAGAACACAUCAUCCAUAUGCCUCAAGAGGAUUAUAUCAACUGGCUGCAGAACCGAAUCAACGUCCCCAUCCGGUCCCACAGUGCCCAGAUGUAUCCUGAGGACUCUGAAGAUCAUUAUGAAACACCAGAGCUGGCUAAGGUUGGAGAAGGAACUCAGGCUGUGGGCACGGAAAAGGCGCUGGGGGCGCUGGGCGUCCUCUGUAACUGCCUCCUGUUGAGGUCGGGCGCCUUCGUGGCCUGGGUGGAGGAGCAGAACUCCCCCAGCCGCCUUUAG